GUAUAGUCAGCAGGUACCUUCAGCGCCGCAUUGUGAACAGACUUGAGGGUCGAACGCGUGCACGCCGUAUGGCAAAUAAGAAAAAUCGUUAAAAUAAUAUAAGAAGCGGUAGUGAAUCACCAAACGAAAGAAAUUUUCGAUUUAUCAUAAUAGAAAAUUUGUGAAAAUGAGCGACGACGUUAUUACUGGGAUAGAAGGCCUCAAUGUGAAAGCUGAAAAGAUUAUCUAUUGAGUAAAUAUGCUGUCCAUAUUACGGUACCGUGGUUGCAUUCAGUGCGGCAUUAAGUGGAAACAUGCUUGGGCAAAAAUGAAACCCCCAAAGGAGAAAAAAAACAACGCACCUGAAAAAUGUAGUGUUGCAGAAUUGAAACCAUGGCCGGCAUACAUUCAAGACCGCAUAGUAUUGUGGGACAAAUUGAAAGCUGAGUAUGACGCAGAUUUAGCAAAGAAAACGCCGGAAGAUAUAACUGUUACUCUUCCGGAUGGCAAAGAAGUUUUGGCCCAAUCAUGGCGUACAACGCCAUAUGAAGUAGCCAAGAAUAUAAGUCAGGGCCUGGCUGACAACACGAUAAUAGCUCGGGUGAACAAGGAGUUGUGGGACUUGGAUCGUCCAUUGGAGGGCAAUUGCACGCUAGAGCUUUUAAAAAUCGAUGACGCAGAAGCUCAGCAAGUAUUUUGGCAUUCGAGUGCUCACAUAUUGGGUGAAGCAAUGGAGCGUGUUUACGGAGGUUGUUUAUGUUAUGGGCCACCGAUAGAGAAUGGUUUCUACUAUGACAUGUUUCUCGGUGACAAAGGAAUUUCGAAUCUCGAUUUUCCGUACCUGGAAAGUCUAUACAAAAACAUAGUGAAGGAGAAGCAACCGUUCGAGAGGUUGGAAAUGAGCAAAGAGGAUCUGUUGGAAAUGUUCAAGUACAACGAGUUCAAAGUUCGUAUAUUGAAGGAAAAAGUAACGACUCCCAAGACGACUGUGUAUCGUUGCGGUCCUCUGAUCGAUUUGUGUCGCGGACCUCACAUUCGUCAUACCGGCAAGGUAAAAGCUGUCAAAGUUACGAAAAACUCAUCGACUUACUGGGAGGGAAAUUCGAACGCGGAGUCGCUGCAACGAGUUUACGGAAUAAGUUUCACGGACUCGAAACAGCUGAAAGAGUGGGAGAAGUUUCAGGAGGAAGCGGCGAAACGUGACCAUCGCAAAAUCGGUCGCGAGCAAGAAUUGUUCUUUUUCAAUGAAUUAUCUCCUGGCUCAUGUUUCUUUCAACCUCGUGGAGCACACAUUUACAACACUUUGGUCGAAUUCAUACGCGCCGAGUACAGAAAACGAGGCUUCCAGGAAGUCGUCACCCCGAAUAUUUACAACAGUAAAUUGUGGCAGACGUCUGGCCAUUGGCAACACUACGCCGACAACAUGUUCUCCUUCGAGGUUGAGAAAGAAACUUUUGCCCUUAAACCAAUGAACUGUCCAGGACACUGUAUGAUUUUUGAUGUUCGCUGUCGUUCCUGGCGAGAAUUACCACUGCGUAUGGCAGAUUUCGGUGUCUUACAUCGCAACGAGUUGUCCGGUGCUCUGACCGGUCUCACCAGAGUACGAAGAUUCCAGCAGGAUGAUGCUCACAUAUUCUGCACCACGGAACAAAUCAAAGACGAAAUGCUCGGUGCUCUCGAUUUUCUCAAACACGUCUAUGGCGUUUUUGGCUUUACAUUCGAUCUUUGCCUGUCCACCAGACCCGAAAAGUAUCUCGGUGAUCUCGCUGUCUGGGAUCAGGCUGAAAAAGACUUGGCUUCCAGUCUAGAUGCUUUUGGCGAAAAAUGGACAAUUAACCCUGGCGAUGGUGCUUUCUAUGGACCCAAAAUCGACAUUACUAUCAAAGAUGCACUACGACGAUCUCAUCAGUGCGCUACUAUUCAACUCGAUUUUCAAUUACCGAUUAGAUUCAAUCUGACCUAUGUCAACGAAAACAGCGAAAAAACGCGACCGGUAAUAAUUCAUCGAGCGAUUUUGGGAUCGGUGGAACGGAUGGUAGCGAUUCUGACAGAAUCGUAUGCCGGUAAAUGGCCGUUCUGGUUGUCCCCGAGACAAGUGAUGGUUAUUCCUGUUGGUCCGCAAUUCGACGAUUACGCUAAUCAAGUGAAAGAAAAAUUGUACGCAGCCGGAUUUAUGGCCGAGGUUGAUACCGAUUCGAGCGACACGAUGAACAAGAAAAUCCGAAAUGCUCAGUUGGCGCAAUUCAACUUCAUCCUCGUGGUAGGUGAAAAAGAGCGAGGCGGUGGCACCGUAAACGUUCGUACGAGAGAUAACAUCGUUCACGGUGAAUUGACAGUUGAUGAACUGAUCAAGAAAUUUAUCGUUUUCAAAGAAACGAAGGAUCGCAAUUGCGAAGACAAAUUCUAAUGGUGCAUGCGAUCAUACUAUUUUUGCUUGAAAUCAUCAAUCUCUUUGUAUGCUUACGUCACAACGUUACCAUUAGAGCAUUUUCCGGGCGUCAUUCACUGAUAUUUAUGAUUUACAAUAUCUAUAUUAUCGCAAUUUUCAUACGAAUUAAAACCCUGUUUGGUUUCAUAAAUACACGAACUUUAAAUAAAAAUCAGUAAUUAUUUAGGGCGGGCAAUACACGAGAAUUUUGACUAAGUGUACGAUCUAAAAAUAAAAGUUCAUCCUCAAAAUUGAAUAUCGAAAACACAAA